CGUGACCCCGGCGCGCGCCCGUAAGGGGAGCGGAGUCUCCGAGGCGGCGCCUUAGGGAAUAGAGGGACAAACGCAGCGUUGGGUGCCUCAGUCUUCGCUCGAAAGUCAUUCCCAAGGACGCGAUGUUGGGACUCUCCCGCCCGCUGCUUUGGGCGGCCGGUUGCCUGGCCGCUCUGUGCGUGCUGACCGCGGCUCAGAGCUCCGAUUUGACCCCGAACGUGACUACACCCACUACUUCACCGACGACCACCAAGAUAGCCCCGGUGACGACGACGACGCAUCCGACGGUCACCACUCCAGCACCUGAAAUCUGUGAAAGCCGCAAAAGCUGUGUUUCCUGUUUUAAUGCUAGCACUGCUAAUACUGCCUGCUUUUGGAUAGAAUGUAAAGGUAGAAGCUAUUGUUCAGAUAAUUCAACAGUUAGUGAUUGCCAGGUGGUGAAUGGCACAGAAUUCUGUUCUGUGCCCACUACCACACCGUUGCCAACCAGUUCUACAGCUAAAACCACAACUCUGCCUUCCCCUUCUACAACUUCCACCACAGCUACUACUACAGGUGCAACUAAUACCACUUUAACUCCGACUUCACAACCUGUGAGGAAGUCAACCUUUGACGCAGCCAGUUUCAUUGGAGGAAUUGUCCUUGUCUUGGGUGUGCAGGCUGUAAUUUUCUUUCUCUAUAAAUUCUGCAAAUCUAAAGAACGAAACUACCACACUCUGUAAACAGACCCACUAAAUUAACAAGGACUGGCAUGUAACUCACUGAAACCAAAAUAUUAUCUUUCAAGAUGUCCCACAUGGAAGACGCUAUUCCAGGAUCUUUAAAAUUUCAAAGGAUGCAUAUAGGAGCAUCACCCUUGAAGAAAAAAAAAAUCAGUUAAAUCAUUUUGCUCAAUGGGAAUAUUUAAAAUAUUCUGCAUGAAUCCUUGUGGCUGUCUUCUUUUAUUUUAAAUGGCUGCUGCUGUGGGAUUAUAUUCUCUCUUCUUGAAAUGCCAAAUGUAACUCUGUACGUGAUGGAAAACAUUGUCCUGCACAGACAACCUCAUGACUCUUUUGGCAGUUUAAAUGUAGUCAUUUUAAAGCCUGAAAGCUGCAUUAUUUUCAUCCUAACUCAGGAUGUAGUCAGAAUUGAGAAGAAUGUGCCAAAUGAGCAUCAAUCAGGUGGAUUUUUUGGUUAUCAUUACAAAAGUGGAAUAAAUUUAUAAAUUUAGUAUCCUUAGAGUAAAAUUUUGUGCUCGAUAACAGUUAUUUUUUCUACAUUAGAAAUAAGAUGCCACACAGGGAAUUACAUUCCAGAUUUAAAGAAAUGAAUGAAAAGAAUACAAAACAUUAAAGUAUAGUAGGUUGUUCAUACUUGUGAAGCACCUUAUAUCAUUGAGAAAAUAAAGAACAGUGCCUUAAAAGCCAGACUGAAAGGUAGAAGAUAACCUAGCAUGUUGGUGAUUUGUUCUUUCUCAUUAAUGAAGGGAAAGGUUGGUCUGAGGAUGUAACUGUUGAUCUGAGCAGUAGUAAACCUGUUUUUAGAUACCAUACUGUUACCUUCUUUAUUUCAAGCCUAACUUAAAGGAUGUUAUACAAAGUCAGAAUCCUUCGUAUAUUAAUAAGCCUCCCAACAUUUUUCUUGUGGCUGUUAAAAGGUAUAAAGUUGAUUUAAUUAUAUUUUCCUUUGUACUUCAAAAAAGUAUCACUGUUGUACCUUGAAAGGAUUUCCACCAAACUUUCUUGAAAAGCAACUUCUGUGAGCCAAGAAGGAAAUAAGUUGUUUUAGAAUCAUUUACUAACAAUUUAAAUAAGACAAUCAUUUUAAGUUUUGAGACAGCGAGUAUGAGCAGUGUAAUUUCAGAAAAUCUAAGGAUUUGGACUUGAUCCGAUUACUGUAGAUUUUUAAUGAUGAUUGCCCUGGAUAAACAGAUUGUGCUUUUCCUUUUUCCUCCUCUCCCAUCUUUCUUAGUUUCAAUUCCUGUAGUAUGAUAAACAUGUGUACUUUUAUGUCUUUAGUUUUUCUAUGAAGUGGUAGUUUUUUCAGCGUUAGAGGGAUAUUUUUUCCCUGCCUUUGACACGUUGGGUUAGUUCAGGGGCUUAAAUUAGUUUGAAGUGAGCUUUUGCUUUUCUAGGUCAUUAAGGUUUUUUGUUUUAGUUUCUUUAGCCUGUAGUGGCUGAGUUUAGCACUUGGUUUUCGGUACUUUAUAGUAGGAAAUGACAAGUUGCUUUAGUCCAUUUCAUAAGCCAAAAUUCCUUGCAUUUGGAUAAUUAAAGGUCCUUAAAAUGGAGAUUUACUGUUUCUUUGUUACUUGCUGGUACAGCUAAAGUUUGUUUUAUGUGCACAUUUGUACAUACACCUAAUGUUUUCAAGUGCCUUAAUUGUUUAAAAUCUCUGGCUUCAAAGGUUUUUGGGAAAAGGUAGGCUUACCUCACAUUCUUGUGUUUCCCUCAGUAGUAAUAUUCUAGGUACCUCACAGAAUUUUAUUAUGGUGCCAUGGCUGUUUUUAGUGAGUGCUAUAAGAUAGAAGAUUUAGUUGAAAAUUCACAGAAUUUCUAUUCCUCCCAAAGUGACAAAAAUUAGCUACAGUGCUAUAAUUGUCAUUUACCUAGAUACAAAUACCUUGCCACAUGUUAACACUGUAGCUGUUUUUGUGAAAGGGUAGCUGAUGAGGCCUCUCAUCUUCUGUAAUUUGGAAUACUGCUCUAACAGAAUCAUAAUAUGGAAUUCAAUUUUGCAGGAAAAGCUCUUAAAACAACUCACGGCCUUUUCCCUUCUUCCUUUAGCAGUUUAGUAUCUUGAGCCAUUAAUAAUUUUUUUUUUAAUCCAGAAGGUAUAUAGAAACCUUUUCAGAUUUUUCAUCUGAUUUGUUCAUGCAGAUGUAGUUCUAUUAAAAUCCCUUGUUUUACCUUACAGACAUUUGUUGCACAGGCAGACACUGCUGUAUUUAGAAAUUUCUAUUUCAGUUCAUUAAAAACUGCAAAACCAAUCUGUAUCAUGUACCAAACUGAUUUAAAAUAAACCUACAUGUUUAUUGGA